GGCCGGGGAGCUGCGGGCGGCGGCCAGCGCUCUGCGGCGCGCCCAGGCAGCCUUUCGGACGCCACGCCAGGCUUCGUCGGUGCGCAGCUUUCACGGCGGACCGAGGCGCCGAGGGCCGAGGUGGGCGUGAGAGAUGGAUACCAGUUCACAAGACAUGGGGCCCCCUGAAACCGAGGCAUCCGCUCUUCAUAGUGUCGAAAAUGCCUCUGUCAUUUUGGGAACCGGGAAUCCCGUGACUCCUCAGAAGCAGGCAGCAGAAGUGACUCCUGCUCUUUACACACCACAGACUUUUAAGUCACCUUUGAACUUUUCCACAGUAACGGUGGAGCAAUUGGGAAUUACACCUGAAAGUUUUGUUAAGAACUCUUCAGGGAAGUCGUCCUACCUUAAAAAGGCCAGGCGACGUUCUGCAGUGGGCGCACGGGGCUCUCCUGAAACCAACCACCUGAUUCGUUUCAUGGCCCAGCAGCGGGCUUUAAAGAGUGCUGAGAAGUCUCCGCUGGCCCACGGCUCCCCCUUUCAGGGCAGCCCUGGAGUGUAUCGAAAUGUUAAUUCAUUAAGAGAGCGAAUAUCUGCUUUCCAGUCAGCUUUUCACUCCAUCAAGGAAAAUGAGAAAAUGGCUCCCUGUGCAGAAACCUCAGAGGCAGAGGAAGGGCCUGAAGUAACAGGCUUCGCUAAGAAGGAAGAUCGAGGUGGCUCCUGGAAGCCUGGAUUUCCUGGAGAGUUAUCCUCCAAGCGCCGGAAGAUCACUGCAGAAGGCGGCUCUGAGGAUGGGCUCAGCCUUGCGGGGCACACAGGGUCUCGGAUGCCCAGGGCUGAUGUGGACAGAGCACAUGCUGCUGGCCCUUCCGUGGCUCUUGCUGAGGUUUUGGCCUCCAAGAAAUCACCUGAACACAGCUUAACCAAGUCUGGAUGCGUGGGUGACGACUGUGUUCCCUGCCCGGCCCUGGCAGAGGCCUCCGCUGGACCUGAGGUGGCCGAUUGGAUGGAGGGCACAGGACGCAGUGAUGCUGUUCCACUGGACACACUGGUGACACUGGCCACAGUCCCCGCUGCCCCUGUGUGCAGGGGGGAGGUUCCAUCUACCGAGACCAUUGUCCUCCGUUCUGUAUUGAAGAAACCUUGUACGAAGCUGUCUCUAGAGAGCUUAGAGGAGCACAAAGACGACCUGUGUGCUAACGGGACGCGUCCACGCUUGGCCUCGCACCCUCUGAACUGUUGCAAAGAGCACAAAGCAAAAGAUGAAGACAAUUGUGAAGUGCCUGCUUUUCCGAAUACGAAGAAGCGGAAGAGAGUCACCUUUGGAGAGGAGCUGAGCCCAGAAGUGUUUGAUGAGUCUUUGCCAGCUAACACCCCACUGCGUAAAGGGGGGACACCUGCCCGUCUGCAGGACUUACAUAGACGCAGUCCCCAACUUCCUGACCAGUCACCAGUUCCUGAGCCCUUGCCACAACCAGAUUUUGAUGACAAAGGGGAGAAUCUUGAAAACAUAGAACCACUUGAGAUAUCGUUUGCAGUUCAAAGUCCUAUUAAACCUUCUAUUUCUGAGACUCUUUCAGGUACUGAUGCUUUUAAUUCUUCAAAUAUCCACAGGAAACUAUCAUCCUGUAAAGUUGCUAAACCAACACGGACUUCUAACAGAAGAAAUCAGCCGGCCUUCACGGAAGAGAAUGGUUGCAACUUACGUCAUGCGGAAGCUCAGCCUUGUAAGGAAAAGAAAAUCAAUAGGAAAUCGCAGGAGACCAAGUGCACAAGCAGAGCAUUUCCUAAAAAGAAACAGAUGUUGAAAGGUGGCAGAAAGAAGAAAAGAAAGGGCAAGAAAAGUGUUGAGAAAUCUUUGUACGGAGAAAGAGAGCUUGCGUCCAAAAAGCCCCUCCUGAGCCCUAUCCCGGAGCUGCCUGAGGUCUCGGAGGCGCCCCUGUGGGCUGCAGGCGUCUGCCGACUGCGCGCAGGUGCUUUCAGCUCAGCUGGCAAACUGGGAGACGUGGAGCUGCUGCGAACGUCAGCUGAGAGGAGGGGGCUCUUGCUUUGGCCCCCGGAUUUGCGUUUGCAGCGAGGCCUCCAUGGAGCGGACGCCUCUGAGCUCUGCCGCCUGGACGAGACGGGCUCUUCACUGCCCGCGGCCCCGUCUCGUGAAGAUGCAGGCGCAGGCACAGGCACUGAGGACAGCAGAAGUGUCCCGCAGGCAGAGAAGGAGCUGCAGCCUGGGAGCGAGCUCAGAACUGAGCUGGAGGCCCACCGCGGUCCUGCCCCUCGUGCCUCUGCGAGCAGCGAGCGCCCGGCGUCCGCGGGCCCGAGCCCGGAUCCGCCCCCGCAGUGCCCGGAAGGUGCUGCCGCUGCUGGGCCGAGCGCAGAAUCGCUUUGUCGGAGCCUGGAAGCUGCGCAGGCUCCGGGCCUAGAGCUGGAGCAACAGGAGGACUUCUUAGUGGCCACGGCGGGAAAGCUGCAGCGCAGUUCCUCGAGUGUCGCCCAAGAAGAAUUCAGUAGCUCAGAAGAUGUCACCAGGAAGCGGAAAUCCGAGUCAGAAGGCCACGGUGAGCCUGCGGAAAGCGGGAGCGCGCCUGGCCGCGGGGAGAGGAAACGCGGACGCCGCUCUGUGCGUCGCGCUGAUGGUCACUGCGUCUGGUCACAGCCCGACGGGAGUCGUAGUCCUUCGCGCAGCGUGGAGAGCACGGUGGCAGCUAGUCUCCAAAAUGCCAAACUGUAUCACGAUCUGUCCGACGCCAUAGAGCAAGCCUUGCAGAGCACCAGUAGUGAAACCAAAGUGCGGCGGAGCACGAGGCUCCAGAGAGAUCCCGAGAGCCAAGGGCUCGUGUGGCUGGCCGUUCCCUUUCCUUCCGCUUCCCAGAAAGCCAGAAGGAGGACGAGCUGUACAUUGGACAGCAGGGAGCUGCAAAGUUCGCCCCCUAGAAAAGAGACGGAGGGCUCAGGGCAAGACCCAGGGGUGGUGGGCUUCAGCUGCGGUGACAAGAGCAGCGAGGGCCCGGCCGCCGCUCCCAGUCGUUUUCCCCGGAAGAGGAGGAAGAGCCUUUGUGUCUCUGAGCUCCCCAGUGCCUGCAGGAGCACAGGGCCAGCCCCGACUGGCAGAGGCUUUCCCCAGGAGAAGGCAGAGAGCUCGCAGAGGCCGGGUCCAGGCGAGAACUGAGCACGCCAUCAGCCCAGAGCAUUUAAAGGAGACUAGGGCCUCGUGCUUCCCCUCCAGCGGCCGUCCUUCCACCUGCUCGGCUCUCAAGUUUGAAAUAAAGUCAGUUGUGAUUUUAAGUAGUAAUAAGUUGAUUUCUUCAUCAUUCCAAAAUCAAACAUUCUCUUAAAUGUAUCCUUCCCCCAAAUGGUAAAUGCUUUUAUUAGUAUUUUGCUUACAAAUUAUUUUCGUACUCAAAAUGUCUGAAU